CAAAAGUCAUUCAAAAAAUAGUUUAAAGCAAAUAACAUGGAACAGACUCAAAAUACGAAAGAUUUAAUUAAAACUUUGCUAAUAUCUUCUUUGUUAUGUUUGUGGUUUUAUUGGAUAUGGGCGCGGCGAAGUUUUUAUCAAUUUGCUAUUAAAUUUCCCGGUUGUUUCGGAUCUCCGGUUAUUGGAUCGUUCGGUACGAUUAAAAAUUUCAAAUCAAUUCUGCAAGGACUUGGAAUUUUAUUCGAACGUUGCAAAAGUAAUACUAUUUGUGUUUGGAUGGGAUUUUAUCCCACAGUCGUCUCAUCAGAUCCCGAAUUCAUUGAGAAAAUUCUAUCAUCUCCUGAACUUUUAAACAAGGCUAAAAUUUUCUACAAUCCGGUUUACGAAGCAUUUCAAGGUGGCAUAAUAUCCAGCCCUGCAUCUGUUUGGCAACAUAAUCGCAAAAUGAUAAAUCCCUCGUUUCAUCACAAAGUCUUAGUAAGUUUUUUGCCGGUUUUUCACAAAGGAAGGAAUGUUCUACUCUCCAAAUUAAAUGAAAUGGUGGACAACGGAGAAUUCAAAUUAUCCGAUAUAAUACAACGUGUAACACUGGGAAUAUCUGUUGAAACCACUAUGGGUAAAAUAAUGGGACCAGGUGACCAAGUCGAGGAAGAAGUGAUUGGUAAUUUUAGAUUCGCAAUGGACAAAAUUGUUCAUCAUAUAAUGAUGUCUUGCGUAAAUCUUGGCCCAUUGUAUUCACUAUACUUUAAAUAUCAAACCGUCAAAAAACGUAUUCAUCAAUUUGUGUUUGAGCUGGUGCAAGAGAAGCUAAAACGAAUGAGCAAUCAAACUGAAAAUCCAACGGAAGAAGAUAAAAAUUCUAUGGAAUCAAUUAAAAAAUGCCCCAAUAUAUUCAUAGAUCAAGCAAUCGAAAUUUACCAGAAACAAAAAUUCUCAUUUAAUGAUAUCAUUGUGGAAUCUAACAACAUUGUAACAGCCUCCUUUGAAACAACCGGAAAUGGAAUACUAUCUGUCUUGGUAAUGUUGGCUAUACACCCCGAUGUACAGGGGCGUCUCUACGAUGAAAUUGUCAAUAUUUUUCCAGAAAAGGAUUUUGAAAUGAAGUAUGAACAUUUGGAACAAUUACCGUAUCUAGACAUGGUUAUAAAUGAAACCCUACGCUUGGCUCCAUCUAUACCAAUUAUUGGCCGCCAUGUUACAAAAGACAUACAGUUGUCUAAGGAUCAUGUUUUGCCUAAGGAUAUGCAGGUUAUAAUGUCGAUAUUCCAUGUCCAUCGACGAAAAGAUAUAUGGGGUCCAAAUGCUAAUAGUUUUGACCCUGAUAAUUUUCUACCAGAAAAUAUGGCUGGGAAACAUCCAUACGCUUACAUUCCAUUUUCGAAAGGAAUGCGAAAUUGCAUUGGUUGGCGAUAUGCGAUUUUUGCUAUGAAAGUAAUAUUGGUUGGAAUCGUACGAAACUAUCGGCUGACAACGACUACUAAAUAUGAAGACAUUGACUUUAUUUAUAACAUUGCUUUGAAGUAUUUAAAUGAACCAUCCUUUAAAAUAUAUAGACGAGAUUAG